UGUUGGGUGAAGUCAAUUAAAUUUAGUAGGAUUUGGAUUUAUUUACUUUGUUUCGUGUUGUGAAAAUGUCUUCUAAUGAGUUGACAUUAGAAGCAGUUCGCGAUUUUAUGUUAUUAAAAGGUGGAAAAGUGACCAAUCAUGACCUCGUCAAGCAUUUCAAACCUAUACUCACCAAUCCAGACACAAGAGUGCAAGCUCGCAAUGAGUUCAAGGAGAUUGUCAACACAGUCGCAACCAUUGUACGCAGUGAUGAGGGUGAAAAAUACCUGGUGUUGAAGAAGAAGUAUCGCACCCCGAGUAUCCAGAGCCACGACCAGUUCAGUCCUGUUCCCACUCCUGACUUGAACCCAUCGUCUUCCAUGUCCUCCCUGUACUCCUUGGGAGAUAAGCGGUCCAUGGCUCACUCCGUGUCUCAGGACUCCUUGGACAGUGCUACGUCAGCAACCUCCCCUACUCGGCAGCCUCCCCCGUACCGUCCUCCGCCUCCACCUACACCCGUCAGUGAUGCCCCGCCUGUACCUCCGCGCAAGAAGAGCACUGGUAGUAACAAGGAGAAUUCACCAGAGGUCCAGGGGCGACCCACCACCAUUGGAGCCGAGGCGGAAGUUGAUGAAAGUGAUCCAGAGAACAAAAUUAGUGUUAAGGAAUGCAUGCAAAAAUUCCAACGCAUGGCUUCUGAAAGUGCAUUACAGAAGGCUCAUCUUCCUGCUUCAAAAAAGAGAUUUGAUAAGGGAGGACCAGAAAAGGACGAGGACACACACUCCUUUGUUUCACUGGACCCAAAAGCGCGGGAAUGGAUGGUCAAAUCAGCGCAGUCGGAUUACCAAGCUUUGCACAAACUUGCUGCUGAAAACUCCAAGCUGGCCAGGUUCAAGGAUGUCAACGUAACCAAUGCAGUGAGUGCGAGAGAGCGAGAGAGAGAGAGAGAGAGAGCACAUACAGCCGCGACAGUCAGUAGCGUCGUGGCUGGCUUCCGUAUAAAUAAUACCACACAGCCUCUUAUCUCGGACACUCCUUGCAUAUUUUAA